AUGGCUCUUGGUAUUAAAAUUCUCCGACAGGCGGCGCAUUGUCGCUUAAACUUCUCACUACUAGAGAACAUUGCCGGUGGAUAUUUGUGCUUCGUAGUCAGCAUAGCAGGUAUCGGAGUGGUCACUGCUGUCAUCGGAGAUGUGGCCUCAUACUUUGGAUGCACUUUGGGGAUCAAAGAUUCAGUAACUGCUGUUGUUUUUGUGGCUCUCGGCACUAGCAUACCCGACACGUUUGCCAGCAAGGUGGCUGCAUGUCAGGACAAGUAUGCAGACGCUAGUGUCGGAAACGUGACCGGCAGCAACGCAGUGAACGUCUUCCUGGGCAUCGGUAUCGCGUGGAGUAUUGCCGCCAUAUAUCAUGCCUACCACGGCAAUCAGUUUAGGGUGGAGCCUGGCAACCUGGCCUUCUCCGUAACUCUCUUCUGUUCAGAAGCCUGCAUCGUGAUAAUCGUGCUGAUGAUCCGAAGAUCGAAGGCCAUCGGCGGAGAACUGGGAGGCCCAAUCGGGAUUAAAAUCAUCACAUCCGGGCUGCUGUUCUCGCUGUGGGUCUUCUACCUGAUCAUGUCAACCCUGGAGGCCUACGGAGUGAUCAAGGGCUUCUAA